UCCGAACGAAUGCCGUUCCUGGGUUAAAGCUUUCUUUUUUUUUAGGUUCUCUCGCAAUACAUAAUCUCAUGCUUAGCAGACGAUCACUUACGUGGACUACCAUUGUAGUAUUCAUUGUAAUAAUCGGUCUGCAGACAAGCUCAUAUUUCAAACUUGCCAUCUCAAUACAAGAUGACUCAAUCGUACCUAGCGAUUCAACAUCGGAACCUGUUCCUCCUCCAUCAAACUCACAAGGCUCAGUUGCCCAUGUAACAGGCUACAAGCGCGAUUACACAACAAUAUGGGGAUAUGCAACAUCAUUGUUGAUGAUAUACAGUGUAUAUGCAGCACUACAACGGUGGUGCCUUCGCUGGCGACGGGACAUCCUUAGCGAUCGUGGCAUAUACUGUCGAUUCCGACGCAUCACCGACCGUGAAUUUCGAAUAUUAGACUCAAUAUGGACCCUGGGCGAAGCUGCUCAAGUUUCGACACUCGUUUUGUUGAAUAGUUUAUUUAUUCUGCGGCAACGAGUUCUUGUACAAGAAGAAGGCGGGCGAGACCUGUUCCAUCAAGAGUAUGCUAAUCGGGCUGCUCAGCUAGCGUUGGUCAACAUAUCGGCUGCAGUUUGUUUAUCGGCACGGCAUAUGCAUAGCACCUAUCGAUUGGGUAUAGACCAAACACUUGCAUGGCAUGCUUGGUUUGCACGACUUGGUGGCCUGUGCACAUUAUACCACGCCUGUUUUCAAUUCGCACGCAAAUACCAUCUCAGCAACUACCACGGCAUGUUUGACGUCUUAAUGUCCAACGCACGUUAUAUAACGGGUACUGUUAUGAUAGCGGCCAUUUCUGUUCUUUACAUCGGCUCCCACCCUCUUGUGCGCGCUGUAUCCUAUCGCUUGUUCCGGGUGACUCACCUCCUUGCGUUUCUGACCAUUGUCAUGCUUGGCGUAUUUCACCACUGGACCUUUGUGGUAUUUUAUGCUGCUGUCGCAUGCGUUUGGUUUGUUGAUCAGUUCAAGUUGUCCUGGCCAGCUCGGCUCGUGUCCGUGAAGUCUUUACCGAGCAACAUUGUAAGGCUGCAAGUGGAACCAUCCUUUCCAAUCGAAGCUACGGAUUUCUCACCUGGGCAGUUUGCAUUUGUUUCGACUACGGGCAGAUGGCUGACACAAAAGCUAUACUCUCAUCCAUUCUCUAUCAGUCGGUUCGAUCAAGAACCUGCAAGUAGUUUGUCAAGCAGCAAUGGUAGCACAUUGUUAAGCGACAAAGGAGGCAAAGCUGUUUUCACUUUCUACAUCAAGGCAAAUGGACGAGACACAGCUGCUCUAUAUCAUCUUGCAAAGUCGGGAGACCAUGCCUGUAUAAAACAUAUGCGAAUGAGUAAACCCCUCGGAAGGCCCUUUGUCGACAUGGCAGGUCGCAGCUAUGGAGACUUUGAAGUGGUGGUCUUGGUAGCAGAAGGAAUCGGUAUAACACCGUGGAUAUCUGUUAUGCAGCAACUGGGCCAAAGGGAGCUCCAUGUUAUAACUAAAUAUAUAACAUUAAUAUGGAGUGUGAAAUCGGCAGAUACAUGCGAAGCCUUUUUGCCAGAAUUGCAGUCGCAUCUAACAGAUAUUGAUUACACCAUCAACGUUUACGUUACUCGCGAUAGUGUGUCAGACCCAGAAAAUCCCUUGCCUUCUUUUUCUGGACUGGAGCUCACCAAGGGUCGUCCUGACCACGGGACUCUUCUCCGAGAUAUUCACCGUAAAUACCCUACAACUGAUACUGCACUCGGUGUAUGUGCACACGAUGAGACCAUCCAGCGUUGUGGGAAUCUUGCGCGAGCUUUUAGCACCGACCAAUCAGUAUGGGCAGUACGAUGUGAGCGAUUCGAGUUUUGACGAUCGCAUUGUUGUUUAUAUAUAUAUAAACUGUCAAUUUGUACAUAGCAUUGUAUUUUUUUGGUUU